AUGGGAGCGGCGAGGAGUUGCGCCGAGAAGCCCUGGUGUCUGUCGCCCGCCUGUGACCGCGAUGGCCAGGCCUAUCUGGACUUGGUGACUGCGAUACCAAGCCACGGGCACUGCGGAGCUUUUGAUGAGGAAGUUAUUGAAGUGGAAUGUCCCGCUGGAGCUAUUUUCCCUGAAACGUUGCAGAACCUGAAAUUGCUUGACAGGCAUUUCCUCGUUUUCUGCGGCACCUCAAACCUGGUGGCGCUGAGAUGGGUUCUGCGCUUCGGCGCGUCUUCAAACAGCCACGAUUCCAACAGCACCACAGGCCUGCACGUAGCCUGUCGGUCGGGCUCGAGCAGUGUGGUCUUGGAGCUGUUAAGAUACCGUCAGCCGCUCGACAGAGCAGAUGUUGCCGGGUGGACGCCGCUGCACGUGGCUGCGCGGAUGUCUCGCUGCAGCAUCGUCGUGCUUCUGCUGAAGGCCGGGGCCCCCAUUUGGGUGCGCAACAGCCACGGCGAGCUGCCCUCGGACAUGUGCCUGGACGGGGCGACCCACGCAGCUUUCGCCUCCUUCCAGGAAUAUCUCCUAUCGGGCUCAGGGAUUUCUGCCGCCACCUGGAAUUUCUACUGGGACAAGCCGGAGGCGGAGGAUUCGGAAGCUCCACUGCCAACGCCCUUCUUCACCCCCCAGCAUCCCAUUGCCAACUUCCGUGGUCAUAAGGAGGCUGUGUCCAUUGGUACUCGCAUCUUCAAUGUGCAGCCCGGCUAUGGCAUUGCCUUCAUCCGAGCAGCAGGGCUGGUCCAUGACUACCCCAGAAGCUCCUCCAAGUUUCUGUACCAGGACAGCAUCAACCGCAAGGCCUUGGAGUCCAAGGUGGUCUCAGAGAUCGAUGAGAUCCGAGGGUUGAACCUCAAGUCCGACAUCGGCAGUGCGGAAGCCUUGCAGCACCUGAUGGUUUCAGUCCUAUGCUUGCACCACCACCUCCAUGAGCUUCGGAAUGACAUGGACUUCGACUCCUGGAAGACGCUGCAGGGCUCCACCCUGCCAAACAGCGACCACAUUCCUGGUGACCUGCUCUACAAGAUCUGGCGAGUUGUCCGGAAAGAGCCCAUUCCUCAGCUGGAAGUGCCUGGCUUGACUGGCCUCCCACCAGAGGAGGAAGUUCAGAAAACCAUGCCGGAGGAAGUACCAUGGCUUCUUGGGCUUCCCUCUAUGCAGGGUUGGGUGAAUGUGAACACACCCGGGCAUGCCGUGGGAGAUCCCACAGGCCGCCUUUGGGCUUCUGCUUGCCUUGGCCUGCUUUUCUUUUCGCUCUCCCCGGGGGCCGCCGCCCCUGAAGCUUUCAUGAGCCUCUCCGGUGUUUUCCCAUCCUGGGACGGCAGUUGCAUAGUCUUGGAGAAGUGGCGGAACUUCGAUGGCAAGAAUGCAGAGUCCUCUCCUCCCGCAGGCAGCUUGGUGACAGUUGCUCUCUUGAAGCCCGAUGGGAGCUGGAAAGAGUGCAGCUUUCAAAAAAUCGAGCUUGGGAUCCCCUCAACCGGGAACCCGCAGUCGUGGCUCAAAUAUUUAGGUGCCAUGGAGAACACCCGAAGCUGGGUGUAA